GGCAAAAUUUUGACAUUUGUGGAAUGGUUUCGUUUAGUAGAAACUAAAAUUGUCUCGUCAGGCUUGAUUUAACAUAAAUCAUACAAUCGGUCUUGUUAAAGCGCUAAAAUGGCCCCUGCUGAAGAUGUUGAAAUGAAGAAUGUGGAGAGUCCCGCAGCGGCAAGUGAUGCAGAAACUGGAGAGUUGAAAAAGGACGCCGAUGUUCUCACCGUUCAAGAUUUACGUGAACAUGCCAGACAAAUAGAUAAAGCAGUUACCUCCAAGGAACCAAGGUUUGCCAUGCGAGUCCUUAGAUCCCUUCCAAGUACACGGAGGAAAUUAAACGGUAACGUUCUACGUGCUAUUAUUAACCAACUCUAUCCCUCAAGUUCGGACAAAGAAGCUCUGUUUGUUUUCGUUGAAGCCCCACAGCCUGGUGCUGUUGAAAUUGAAACUCCACGAUCAAGAAGCGCUCCGAAAACUCCAGUGCCGGAGGUGGAUGUUUACAUUCAUUUGUUAGUUCUGCUGCGUUUGUUAGACACCAACAAACUUGAAGAAGCUACCGAGUGCUCGCAGCAGCUGAUGACCAAGAUCACAGCUCAGAAUCGGAGGACACUGGACUUAAUAGCUGCCAAGUGCUACUUUUAUCACUCCAGGGUGUUUGAACUCACUAAUAAGUUGGAUUUGAUCAGAGGACUGCUGCAUGCGCGCCUGCGUACUUCAACUCUUCGUAGCGACUAUGAAGGCCAAGCUGUUCUGAUCAAUUGUUUGCUACGUAAUUAUUUACAUUAUUCUCUGUAUGACCAGGCUGACAAAUUGGUCAGUAAAUCAGUGUACCCAGAGAAUGCUAGUAACAAUGAGUGGGCCCGAUUCUUGUUUUAUUUGGGCAGGAUUAAAGCAGCCCGCCUUGAAUACAGUGAUGCUCACAAGCACCUUGUUCAGGCACUAAGGAAGGCUCCGCAAACAGCAGCUGUUGGUUUUCGUCAAACUGUUCAGAAGCUGGCUAUAGUGGUAGAAUUGUUGCUGGGUGAUAUCCCUGAGAGAGCUAUCUUCCGGCAUGCAGCUCUUAGACGUUCCUUGGCCCCAUACUUCCAACUUACGCAGGCUGUAAGGCUCGGUAACUUGCAAAGAUUUGGAGAAGUACUGGAAAGCUUUGGGCCCCAAUUCCGUAAUGAUCAUACAUUCACCCUGAUUCUUCGUCUCAGACAGAAUGUCAUCAAGACUGCCAUCCGUUCCAUUGGCUUGUCAUAUUCAAGAAUUUCUCCAAAAGACAUUGCACGGAAAUUGGGCUUGGAUUCGGCUGAAGAUGCUGAGUUCAUUGUGGCAAAAGCUAUCAGAGAUGGAGUUAUAGAGGCUACCCUGGAUCCUGAAAAGGGAUACAUGAGCAAUAAGGAGAGCUCAGAUCUUUACUGCACUAGAGAGCCCCAGUUGGCCUUCCACCAGCGUAUAUCAUUCUGCCUGGACUUACAUAACCAGAGUGUCAAGGCUAUGAGGUAUCCUCCAAAGUCCUAUGGGAAGGAAUUAGAGAGUGCUGAGGAAAGGCGUGAACGUGAGCAGCAGGACUUAGAGCUGGCCAAAGAAAUGGCCGAAGAAGAUGAUGAUGGCUUCCCUUGAACAUAACAUUUUAAUAUAAUAAACUCAUACAAUAUUCAUAUAGCAGUUUCUGAUUAUGUAACUAACUAAUUCAAUAAAGGUCUUCAAUAAA